CUCUUAUCAGUAUCGGAGAGCUCCUACAUACACCCAUUUCCCGUUGUUGUUGUUGCCCUUUAUAUUUCGCCCCUUGUGAUUGCUACUUCUCUUCAUCUUUUCUCAUUGUAUUCUCAAAAACUUGGAUUCGGAUUCUCGCAUAUUUCACGAACAUGGACAUCGAAUCUGGCAGCAAAAAGGAGAAGACACCAGAGUUGACGGGUAGCGACACGGAUCCCUUUACAGUGGAUAAGAGUCUUGAAAAAGGAUUGAUUUGGAAGCAAGACGUGAGGAUCAUACCGCCCGCCGCCACCAUAUCGCUACUUUGCUAUCUAGCCCGAACCAAUAUCGGUAUGUUGCCACUGUCUUCCCCAUCUGGGAUACCUGCCCUAGUCACUGAGGGAGGUAGUUAG